AAGUCAUUCAAACCGAGUCAUCGCUCGCGCUUUGUCUACUACCCCACCCCACCCCCAUCCCCCUUUGACCUCAUUCCCAUUUCCCCCUUUUACUCUCCCAUUAGGUUUCCAAGAUUCCUUUCAAUCUUUCUCACAAACCCCAUCUCACCCCUUCAAUUCUACUCAUACCCACAUGGAUCAAUCGGUUCUAGAUGAUGUUAUUCAGCGCUUGGUUGCUGUUAAAGGCAGACCCGGUAAGCAGGUCCAACUCACUGAGCCAGAGAUCAAGCAACUCUGUGUUGUUUCUAAAGAGAUUUUCUUGCAACAGCCUAAUUUGCUUGAGAUUGAAGCACCCGUCAAGAUUUGUGGUGACAUCCACGGCCAAUACUCUGAUCUUCUACGUCUUUUUGAAUAUGGCGGAUUACCCCCUCAAGCCAAUUACUUGUUUCUUGGUGAUUACGUUGACCGAGGCAAACAAAGCCUAGAGACAAUAUGCCUUCUUCUUGCCUACAAAAUAAAAUACCCAAAUAAUUUCUUCCUUUUGCGCGGUAACCAUGAAUGUGCGUCUAUAAACCGUAUAUACGGGUUUUAUGAUGAAUGCAAACGAAGAUUUAACGUCAAGUUAUGGAAGACUUUCUCUGAUUGCUUCAAUUGCAUGCCUGUGGCUGCUCUUAUUGACGAAAAGAUUUUGUGCAUGCACGGUGGCUUGUCACCUGACCUUAAUAGUUUGGAUCAAAUAAAAAAUUUAAGGCGACCUACUGAUGUACCUGAUAGUGGUCUGCUAUGUGAUCUUCUUUGGUCGGAUCCUUGUAACGAUGUUAAGGGUUGGGGGAUGAAUGAUCGCGGUGUUUCGUAUACGUUUGGUGCUGAUAUUGUUACCGAGUUUCUAGAAAAGCAUGAUCUUGAUCUCGUGUGUCGUGCUCACCAGGUGGUUGAGGAUGGAUACGAGUUUUUUGCUAACCGACAACUUGUAACUGUAUUUUCGGCACCCAAUUAUUGUGGGGAAUUUGACAAUGCGGGUGCGAUGAUGAGCGUUGAUGAAACGCUAAUGUGCUCUUUCCAAAUAUUAAAACCCGCGGAAAAAAAAUUAAAGGCCAGCUCAGGUAUCAGUCUUUUCGGAAGCACCACCACAACUAAACCCGGAAAUACCCCAGCAGGAAUCAAGCAGUUCCUGGGUGGAAGAUCAUGAGAUUGCCGUGGAGUUGAGGCUCGAACAAAUGAAGUUCCGUCGGUUCAUGGUGCACGCGUAACGCUUGAGAUAUAUAAACUUCUAGUUGUUGGUCAUUGUUGUAGUUUAAUGAUAAAGAGAGUAAGUAUAUUGUCAUGAUCAACCUCUUAUGGUGUGAAGAACGACAGGACCCAUGUUUUCAUACCGAUGGGUACCGAUAAAACAAAAGGCGUUGGUAUACCUUUUAUUUUUCUUUUGAAAUGUUCACAAGCUGAUUAUCAUCUA